CAUGGAUCGAGCACGAAAGGCCCAACCGCAUGCAAACGAAGCGAUCUGGACGCGGGAAGUGUCGCGGCAGCUGGAAAAUCAUUUAACUCGCAUCAACCAUGCCCAACCCUCGAUAGACACUUCCGUUCCAAAGACAGCGGCGAAUGUAUCCACUGGAUCCAAGAAGAACCAGCUCAAGGAGGACCGGUUGGACGCCAUCGAGAUCGAAAACAGACGUCUCUUGGACCGCAUUGCGUCCAUUGCGCUCUCGACGACGAAAGACAGCGUGGACGCUCCGUCGAAUCACCCUACCGUGAAGAAAAGCCUCCACGAAGGACAGCGAAAGCGGGAGCAGCAGAAAAUUUGGCUCGAGAAUCAAGCAUUGCUGAAACGAUUGCAAUCGGCCAAGUCGACCAUGAAACGAGUGAGCGACGCAAAGGCCGCGAAAUGGAAAUUGAAGUUUGUUAAGAGCAAGGAGCAUAAAUUGACUGCCCAAGAUACCAUCGAUCAUCAACACGACAGCACUGCGGACGACCAUGCAGCCAUGACAGCCAAACCUCGACAUUGCAAGAAAGGGGGAAAACCGUCGAACAAGGUCUUCAUUGAUGUCAGCACAUAUCGCCCCCACAGCGUCACCGACGUAACUGCUCCAACAUUUGUGAAAUUACCCCCCCUUCAAUGCGACCCGCCAGUCACAAACGACAUUACAUCGAAUGACCGACCAGUCCCGCAACCCACCGACGACGAACUCCUCCCUACUAGUCAGCCUCACAACGGAGCAGCGUACACGCUUCCAUCCAUCGUUCUAACGAAAGACGGGGUAAGUUCAGCACCGGGUUCAUCCCCAGCCCCUUGGAGUCCGUUAUCCGCCAUCGAUUCCCCACCAGUCCCUCCAAUGUCCUCGUACAACGACGAUGAAUCAGACGCGGCUUUACUCCUGCCGCUCGUCUCAACUGACCCAAAGGAGGACUGGGUCACUGUCGUCACCACAAGCGCACCCAUGGGCUGCAGUCGUGAAGGAUCUGCAGCCGAGUACCUGCUGGAGCAGACACCUUCGGUCGAAGCGCAGCCCUUGUUGAGCAGCCAAGAGACGGCACUUGAGCCUCGGAUACAGCAAGCAAGUGACGUUACAACUGACAUAAUCGCCAGUCAUCCCAUCACGCCACAACCUUCGCAUGAGCCCGACCAUGAUUUGGGCACUGACGAUACCGACGCAACUCAACAUGGCUCCAACGCGCACGAAUUGGACAAUCCGUUUGGGCCUGGCCCAGAAGAUCCAAGCUGCCAGGCCAAUUCAAGCACGGAAUCCACACGCCAUCCUUCCCAAGACGCCGUUGCCAGUGAAGACCUGCAUGGAAAUCAAGUUGAUGCCAUGGUUGAAGGAAUUGCUUCCCAUCCAAGUCCAGCUAGCAAUGCUGAGGAUACAAGCAACAUUUCAAGCCGAGAACGAGUCGUUUCAGCCGACGCCGUAGGCUACGUAGACAGCGCAAGGAACGACAACGUGCCACUGAAUCCAACGGCAUUUUUGAUGCGAUGCGAUUCAUUGACAAGCGGUCACUUCUUGACGCCACGACACCCGUCCUUCGAAUCGACAAGUCCGACCUCCUUCACAUCUUCACCGGCGGAGUAUUUUGCAUCGCAUCAAGCCGAUAACUUUAAGCGAGAAGACCCCGUGUACCCAGACCUAGAAACAGCACCGAAGGACAACGAUGGUCACGAUUACUACGACGAAUUCGAAGAGGAUGCGCAUGAAGCGGAGCCACCUGUCGCCAUGAUUGCAGCUGAGGUGGCGGACGUUAGAGGUCGUGACUUGCCCGUCGACCUUUUGGCCGACAACGGCACCAGUACUGCAACUGCGGCUAGUACAGUAACGCCACUCGAUUCCAAAGCAGAGCUCGAUGUCAAGUUUGAACGAAUCCACGCCACGGCGAUUGCAAUUGUUACGGCUGCGACUGAUGAGGCAGUAAAGACAAAGUCAGUCCACAAAGAAAAAGCAACUCAACAUCAACACGCCCUUGACCACACCAUUGUCAGCACAAACCACCACGACAUUGAAGCACAGCCAGCAGUGGAUUGUACUGAUGAAACUUCAAUUGGUGAUGGGCUUGCGACGGCCAACACUGAGCAACUCCUGCCAGCAGCUUUUGAUCCCAGCAGCAACCUAGUGCACGCUACUUACACUUCUGAAGGAGCGAAGGUCGCAGGAGUUUCAACUAUCGGCACGACCAACCAAGACGGACCCACAACAGACGAAAAUGUCACGAGCGACUAUGCUGAUAUCAAAGGAGAUGGUGGGAGCCGGAUUCACGACUCGAAUGAUACUCAGUCCAUGGGUGGUGGUGUUUCCUCUGUCAACUCGACCGACGAAACGACUUACGAGCAAUGCCCUCCAAUCAACGUCGACAACAGCUCACGCAAUUUGGACGGCCGCUCGAUGCCACUUCCUACUGCGUUCUUAAUGCAUUGCGAUUCGUUAACCAGGGGCCACAUUGCCAACCACGAGCCACUGGAAAAUGCGUUGGAUUCGUCUCCGUCCACAUCCCCUGCCGAGUAUUUUUCAGGCCAUGACGACGACGGCUUUGAGCCAGAAUCACCCCCUGAAAAGUCCCCGAGUCCCCUGUCGUUUCGUCAUGACGUGACUGACGACGAACAAGACUACAACGACGAAUUCGAAGAAGAUGCUGCAAAAGUGAGUGACGAAGCCCCCGUCCCACCGAGCGAACCAGGCGAUAUUGCUACGAGCUGGGCGCUAGAGGAGAGCGUAACCAAGCACGAGUACUACGACGACGACUUCGACAACAAAUGACACAUGUCAUGUUAUUUAAUUAAAACCAAUCUUUUUGUGGUUACCAGGUCAUUUCAAGGGGAUAAUUUUGCAAUCAGAUCGUCCAAUUUGGAACUUUGCGGGGCUUCACACUUGGCGACGGCGGCUGACGACACAUGACGUUCUCUCUUUUUGGACACCGCUUGGUAUCCCGUUGACACCGCGAAUUGGCUAUGCGUGUGCCACAUGCGGCCAGAGUCUGGCUGUG